AUGACAACAUCAAAUAGCAAUUACACUUACCACCCGUCGUCCAUACAACUGGAACAUACCACGAAAACCCCAACCCCAAAAACCAAAACCAAGAAAACCAAAUUUUUCCAUUUAACAUUGAAUGAAAUAUUAACUCUUCUGUGCGCAACUUUUUUACCCAUAGUUCUUGGUAUCUAUACUGCAAUAAUCACUGUACAGGAAGGAACAGUGGCUGAUGAAAGACGACAAUUUGAUUUGGAACAAGCAGCUAAAUUCAGACAACAAACAAUUUAUGAUAAAUUUUUAGAUGAUAUUUACAAAUUAGAGAAAGACGGUUAUUUAAAUGAGGAAAAAAAUCCAUGGGCAUUUGCCAAUGCUCGUUUUCGUGCUGCACAUCGCCAAUGGGAUGCUAUACGUAAAGCAGAUAUUUUACAAUUUCUCAAAGAAAACCAAUUAAUUGGUAGAAAACCAAGUAUUAAAAAUCGUGCAGUUAAGAAAGUUGAUAAUAUAAUUCAUCUAAAUGAUUUAAACUUCGAUAAUAUAAGUUUAACAAGUCCAACUGGUUCAUUAAAUUCAUUAAAUCUUGAAUAUAUUGUAUUCGACCAAAUAUCAAUGAUCAAUGCUCGAUUCUCAUUUGUCAAUCUGAGAGAAACAUCAUUUAGCCAUUCACGAUUAAAUAAUGUCAAGUUUUCAGAUUCAUCAUUAGCUUAUGCUAGUUUCAACAGUACAGAAUUGGAUGGAACAGACUUUGGUAAUACAAAUAUGAUAGGUGUGGAAUUUUCCAAUAUUGAUUUGUGUACAACAAUAUUAACAGAAAUACAACUGCAACAAAUAGUAUUUACAAAUAGUAUAUUACCAAACUCAUCAAUAUGCGGACAAGAAAAAACAACCAGCACACCAAGCAUGAUAACGAUAUCGACAACAGAAGAACUUUCUACAUCACAAUCAACACCUACUGCUUUAUGUCCUGCCGCAAAUACAUUAAAUUCAAAAGAGGCACUUACAAUCACAUUUGGUAGUGGUGCAACACAAUAUUCUUCAGCAACACCUGCUGCCUUUGGAUUCACUACAACUUACCAACAAAUAUUCAACGGAUUAAAUGGUAUUGUAAAUAAUGGACAGUUCGCUUUCGUGACUACAGUUAGUCCAGUAGCAUCUUCGUGGCAUCAAGAUACAGUAGAUCACACACCAAACGAUGAUACGACAACUACUCACGGAUAUAUGAUGUUCGUCAAUGCGAAGGAGACUCCUGAUGAUGUUUUCAGGAUGACAAUCAAUAAUUUGUGUAUUGGGUCACGUUAUGAAUUUUCUGUCUAUCUAGCUAAUAUUGCCAAAAAAGGAACUAAUCUAACUCCACCAAAUAUUAAAUUUGAAGUUCAAACUGCAACAACUCCAAAUACUUUGCUUGGAACUGUAGCUACAGGCGACAUACCAGCAUAUGCCACUCUUGCUUGGUCAAAUUAUGGUAUGUCAUUCAUUGCAAUGACCAGUUCAGUCAUCUUGUCAAUGAUUUCAAAUGCUUCCGGAGGAGGUGGAAAUGAUCUCAUUGUUGAUGAUAUUACAUUGCGGGUUUGUUCACCUACUGCUAAUGCUAUCUGUAAUCCGUAA